GUGGAAUGAAGCAAGCCGGAGAGCAUGUUCAGGAGUAAUGGCGAUCAAGGGAUAUAAAAGCGCAAUGGGGCUCCAGGGCUUCAUAAGCUCAAGCUUCAGUCCACAGCAACCCCGUUGGUUCCCCAGAAAAACAACCAUUAUAUAUCUCCACAAUGUCUUCUUCGCCUUCCAAUACACUGGUCCUCGUUACCGGUGGUUCCGGCUUCGUGGGCUCCUACUGCAUUAUAGCUCUGGUCAAUCACGGAUACCAAGUUCGCACCACAAUCCGCAACGUGUCCAAAUCCCCCGCAGUCGUUGAAUCCUUGAAGAACGGCGGCUUGUCCGAUGCCGAUCUCGAGCGUGUGUCCUUUGUUGCUGCCGACCUGAGCAAGGACAAGGGCUGGGACAAGGCCGUUGAGGGAUGUACCUAUGUCCUCCAUGUGGCAUCUCCGCUCCCAACCGAAGAACCGAAGGACGAAAACGAGGUGAUCAUUCCCGCCCGCGAUGGAACUCUGCGAGUCCUGAAGGCCGCCCGACGUGCCGGUGUGAAGCGCGUCGUGCUCACCUCCGCUUUCAACGCCAUCGGGUACGGCCACCCUCAGAUGAAGAAGCCCUUCACCGAGGAGUACUGGUCCGACAUUGAAAACACGAAACAGAGCGCCUACGUGAAGUCGAAGGUCAUUGCCGAGCGCGCGGCCUGGGCCUAUGUGAAGAGCGAUGAAGGUGCCGGCCUCGAGCUGACUUCCGUCAACCCCGUCGCCAUCUUCGGUCCUGUGCUGGGCAAGGACCUCCCCGGAAGCAUCCAUCUCAUCCAGCGCCUGAUGAACGGCGAGAUGCCCGGCAGCCCCCAGCUUUACAUGAGUAUCGUUGACGUCCGGGAUGUGGCCGAGUUGGAGGUCCUCGCCAUGACCAGCCCAGCGGCCAAGGGCGAGCGAUUCCUGGCUGUUUCCCCCCCCGGCAGUAUGAUGAACGAGUAUGCGGUCAUCAUCAAGAAGCGACUGCCACAGUAUUCGCAAAAGCUGUCUGUGAAAUCUCUCCCCAACAUGUUGAUGCGAUUCAUGGCGCUGUUCAACAAGCAAAUUGCCGGAUUCGUGAGCGAACUAGGCAAGGAGAAGCCUUCGUCGAAUGAUAAGGCUGUGCGACUGUUGGGCUGGAAGCCCAGGGACCGAGAGGAGACUAUGGUCGCCACUGCAGAGACACUGGUGAAAUAUGGCUUCGUAAAACAGUAAUCUGUUUGAAGUCCUCGGUCCAUUUCUUUUGUUUGUGUUCUUGCUUGCUUGCUUGUUUGUUUGAUCAAACUAUAAUAUCCACUACUCAGUUUUUGAUGCCUUUCAAUGGAUGUUCAGCUCGAUACUUAAUAAAUUUUGAUAGUUAUUCGGGCAUAGAACCCGUGAGACUUGAACAUAAUCCAUUCC